AUGUACAAAAUUAUAACAUUCCAGCACGUCCGUGUAUGUGGUGACGCGUCGUUGGCGCUAAAUGCGACCGAAUUCGCGACGAAUCAUUUGACACAAUGUUGGUUCAUCGGCACCGUUUACCUACCUAUAACCCUAGAGGCGUCUUCACAGGUGCGUAAGCGCAGUGUUGUGUUUAAAAUGGAAUCGACGCCGAUCUGUCGGUGCCGCGUACUGUACCUGGGCUCAGCGGUGCCCCAGCAGAGCAAGGACGGCCUACAGGGCAUACAGGAGCCCCUGCGUGAACUGUAUCCGGAAAAGGGGGCGACCAGCGGUGGUAUAGAUUCAUGGCUCUCCGUAUGGUCAAACGGAAUUUUGUUAGAGAACGUCGACGAAAGUGGCUCGAGAGUAUCAAGGUUCUUCCCAAUAUCUAGUUUGCAUUAUUGCGCGGCCGUAAGACGUGUAAGUGUCGAGGGGCAACCUAGAUUUUUACCUUUAGAUUCUCCUUUUGCUAGGGCGCCGGCUCCGAGGCGUCCGCCUUUAUUUGCUGCUGUGCUACGUCGCACACAGGGCAUAAAAGUAUUAGAAUGUCAUGCAUUUAUUUGUCGUCGCGAAGCGGCUGCCAAUGCACUCGUCAGAUGCUGUUUUCAUGCUUACGCUGACAGCUCGUAUGCAAAACGAUUGGAGGCCGAGCGCUCCCCGUCACAACUACCGCCGGAGGCCGACGAGGAGCUGGAAGUGUACGACGGAGACGAAAAUCAUAAAGUUUGGGUCGGCGAAGUGGAGCGUGAUGACGCAAGCGACGAAAUGCCUCAUCCGACACGGGCACCGCGACCGCGUCAGAUUACAAGACCGGCCUCCGUGCCUCCUCCGCCCCCUCCGCCCGAGGAGCCCAAGAAGAAGUCCACCUCCAAGAAGUCUAAGAAGAAGUCAGCGGCGUCCGUGGACGAGUUGUACGCUACUAUGCCGGGUCCGGCUCCCGUCAUGAACGGUAGGUCGUUGGGGCGAGCUCCUCCUGCCUGGGCAGCUGCCGGCCACCCGGGUCACCCCGGCCAUGCAGGGCAUAUGCUACUGGUUGCGCACCCCGCGGCCACACUGCCUCACGUGCGACACGCGACCAUGGGUCACAGAGGUCGGGUGCCGGCUGCUCUAGGACCUUUCCCUCCCGUGCCCCCUCCUGGGAGAGGUCGCAUACAGUACGCUACAGUGGACCCUCGACGCUCGAAGCCUCCGCCCUCGGCCAUGAAGGCAGCUCAGAGUAUGAACGGCCUGGAAGCGGUCGAGGACUCCGGCGGUAUAUAUAGAAAGAAAGGACAUCUAAACGAAAGAGCCUUCUCAUAUAGCAUACGACAGGAGCACAGGAGUCGUUCACACGGAUCUCUCGCCAAUCUGAAGUUCGCUGCUCCACCUGAGGUGGAGUCAGGUCGUGAAGAAUUGAAGAAGGAGCGCGAGAUCAUGCAGCUGGUGGCUGGUCUUCAGCUGAACAGCGAUGACGUGGAGCGUAGGGAGGUCCCGCCUCACGUGAUGAGAUCCAAACACGCCCCCAGGUGA